UGUACAUUUUUCAAAUGUAACUUUAUGUAAGGCGGUGCCAUUGCCUUCGCUUAAUGAUGGCGGACAAAAUAGUAUACUUGGUGCUUUUUAUUUGUUUCGGAUACACACAUGGAGAAAUGGAUACCUCAGUAUGUACUGGCGAAACUCCCGGACCUCAUGAUCCACCGGGACCACCGACACUUCCGGAUGCGUUCGAGGUUCACGUUGAGGCCAACAUUUACAACCGGAACUACACGGUCGACUUUCACCUUUGGUAUAACAAAACAAUGAAUCAAGUAUCCACCCACACAACGAAUGCUGGUACCCGGUUUGAGCGCCUGUAUAGAUUUGACACGAAUGAGCUUUAUGUAGUGAACAGAGACCAGGGAAUUUGUACGGUGCAACCAUUAACCACCGGUCGCCGGGCCUUCCUCUUUGCUACAGUAACAGGCGGACAUGCGACAAUGAAGACACCUACACAGUUCCUGCGUUUCAAUAUGACAGGUGUACGUGAAAAGUGGAUAAACCAGACUGUAGUGCGCGGAAUCAAGUGUAAUAUGUGGCGGGAAUGUCUGUACAGUGCGAAGAGAAACUCAACGACGGCCGUCGAUUGGUAUUUCAGUGUCCCUAGCUGGUACAACGCAAAAUUAUCAAAUCAAAUCCCAAUAAGAGCGCACGUUUUUGGAUCCACGGUUAUGAAGAAUGGACAGAAACGAAAAUACGAUCAUAUGUACGAAUUUUCGUACUUAAACUUACAACCAGAGGGCGUUCAUCUUUAUGAUUUGCAGACCCCUGCUGGUGUGUACUGCCCACGUGCAAAGAAUAUGAAGCCUCUACCUACACCAACAUCAUCAUUCCAUUUUACCGCCGAGAUUUUGUUCGGACUGUCCAUUUCAAGAAUAAAGGAAUGGUACGACAGUGACUUGAACCUUGUCAGGUACGACUAUGACCCUCUGGGCACACAGAAAUAUGGAACUCUACCACUGACACAGGUCCACGACUUUAGUACAGGAGUUGCUUAUGUUAUUGACACGUUGCGUGGUAACUGCACAGCGACACCGAUCAGCAGUACUGGAUUUGACGUCAGGAACGCUGACCCAUCGCACGUGCGGAUAAGGACAUCAAAAGAAUUCUUCUACUUCGAUAAAGCAUCUUAUGUCUACGAAGGACGGAGACAGGUCCGCGGUAUAACGACUGACGUGUGGAUAGCCCAGAGAAAUGAUUGGCCAAAGGCCGGCUCGCCUAACUCUACGUGGGAAUGGUAUUUUGCAACGCCAAACUACACCGCUAAUCUGAUGCAAAAACCCACAUUUGGUUUACCUGUGAGAAUGGUGCUAGAUGCUGGAAUUGGUCAACACUAUAUCUACAACAUCUACGACUAUGACGAGAGAAGACCUAUGAUCUGGUCCUACGACAUCAGUAAUUGUUUUAACUACUCUGAACGUCAAGAUUUCUCCUUCAGACUACCAGGAAGUUAUAGGAAACUGGUCAAUGGUAAUAUGGAACUGUUCCGGUAUGCGGUCCUCCAGGCGAUAGUUAUAGCGGGUACCAGCAAUAAGUUACAGCUAUCGGCUCUCAGGGUUUACAAUAUACAGAUUGAUUAUGCAGACAACAGCGAUAUUAUUGUACAGUUCACAUUGUUAGACAAAGCCCCUCAAGUAGGUGACGUUAGUAAUCCGAAGCAAGAAAACAGCCUCGCUGUGGUUGCAAAGUCCAUUUCCGGUGCUAUAAAUAGCGGACAGCUUAUCGUCCGUCUGCAAAUUCCACCGACAACGGCCAACAUGGUCGCUAAGCCCUAUUCGUUGUCCCCGGGUCGGGUGGUGAAAGAUGCAUAUUAUAAACAGACAAAGGCAGGAAGUACCUCAACUACAGGCGUUUCCGGUGGGGCCAUGGCGGGUAUAGGAGUAGCGUUGUUGGUCAUAUUUUUCGUUAUUGGAGUUGCCGCUACAUACUUCUAUUAUAGAAGACAAGGCGGUGCAUUUGGACCUCAAAAGAUUGAUAAUACUGACAUUACAUCGACUGAUGCAUAAUAGCUAUAUUGUUCUCAUUCUUAAUACUGUAAAAGCAGAAUUCUUCGCGAGAGUUUAAUUUUCGCUAUAUUUGCUCGCAAAAAUUAAUCAUCGCGUAAAUAUUCACUAUUAGUAUAAUUCAAAUUCAAGUAUGAUACUAUAUUAAAAUUUACAAUUUCGCGAAUAUUAAACCUCGAGAACUUAUUCAAAAUAUCAUAUACUUUAAAUUUUGACCCAGCAAAAAUAAGUGCUUUUACAAUGCUAUGUUACUAUUUUACUGCGAUGUAGCAUAAAAAUACGUUACUUUAUCUCUUUAUGCAAAUAUGCCAGACUUUCUGUCACAAGAAGAGAAAAGAACGUUACAGUGUUAUUACGACAUCAUAUAUAAAACAUAGAAUAAGAGAUUUUUUUUCUGCAAUGCAUAGUGCGACAAGUUGUAUCAUCAUAGAAACUACUUUCUGUCACACCAGGUCACGUAUUUUAACAUGACUUUGUAUUUUGUAAAUAUGGUAUCUUAUCACACUACCAACAUAUGUUACGGACAUUACAUCUGUUGAAGUAUAGGCACGUUAUUUCGUUUACACAUUUAAUUCAGAAAGGAAAAAUGACAUUAUUAUCUAAAUAUACUCCACUUCAUUUCUACAUACAAAAUAUGUAAUUGUAUGACUGGGGAAAAAACGUUACUACGUUACUUAAGGGAACGUGUCACUGACAUAACAUCUCGAUUCAUGUAAGUUUUCUUCAGUCUAUUUUUCGUCAGCCAAUGUACUUAAGAAAGUGAUUUUUGUCUCUUCUGAGAUUUGUAUGGAAGUCAUAAUAGCCCUUUAUAGGUGCAACUUUGUGCAUAAUAAAUGUAUCUUUUAUCUUCUUGUGUACGAUAACUGUACUAUUUUAUGUUCAAAAAGUCAAGUGCUUUUUUACAUGUUUGAUAUUCUAUAUUGUACAACGAAAUGCCAUUAGCUGCAUAAUCUAUGUUUACUUUUAUGUCAUGGGAUGAAUCGAUUCUCUUAGCAUCAAAACGAUUAUCUCCCCAACUACUAAGAAAAUGUCAGGUUAUUCUGGUGCAAAUAAAAGGCUAUUUUCUUCACAGUAACACUGAAUUCUGUUUGUUUCUGAUGUGGCUGUUACAUAUGUAAUAUCUACAUGUAUGUAUCAAAUACGAUUUUUCUCUCAAAAUUGUACAGAGUUUUGCUAAUUUUCUUAUUUAUAUUCCACGCCAAUUUAUGUCCUUUAAUAUGUUCAAGGGAGAUAAUUAGUACAGAAUACAAAAAACUUUAAGUCUGUAUGUUUUGUAUUUUCCCCCAACAAUAAAAUGCUGAAUCUACUCUUCUAAAAUUCCAUUGUUGCUGUUCUUUUGUUGUUGUGUGUUAAUUACUUAAUGUAGUUUCUUUUUAGCAAUUCUUGCUCAUGUGCUCGAAAUUCAUAAACAGUAACAGAAAUUAUUUAUAAAAUGCAUCUCGAACUGCUUUGUUAUGCAAUGCAUGCAUGUGAAUAAAGAAAUGAUGCUAAUAUUUCA